AGCAGAUGCCUGCUGCAGAGGCUGUGGAGCAGAUGCCUGCUGCAGGGGCUGUGGAGCAGACGCCUGCUGCAGAGGCUGUGGAGCAGAAGCCUGCUGCAGAGGCUGUGGAGCAGAUGCCUGCUGCAGAGGCUGUGGAGCAGAUGCCUGCUGCAGAGGCUGUGGAGCCCACACUAUCUAGUGAGGCUGCUAUUAGGAAUUCUGAGAGAGAUGGUCCACAAUGUUCAACCCCAAGCCAGCGUCAACGACCACGACGAGCGAAUGUUCGCAGAGAGGAGUCAAUACCUCGUUGGGCCUAUGACCUGGAAUUGAGGAGAAUAGAGGUGGAGACCCGACUCACAGAAGCAGUGGAGGGGAUACUUGGGGUUUUAAGAGACAUUCGGGACGACUACCGCCGGCAAACAAACCGGGAAUGAUUACCUACUGCGUUGGUCUAGUUGUCGUUCCGAAUGUUGAAAACAAUGUAUCCUCCGCGGCCCCCCCUCUAUCUUUUGGGUCCAAUGUUUAAAAACGUCAGCGGUUUUACCCAUGCCCAUAGGACCCCUGGUAAGUGGAUGUCUACACCCUACGUUGUGAUUGUUAAUUAGUUUUUAUAUUAAAAAAGAUUUUAAUUAGAAUAAUUAUUAUUAAGUGAAAUUUUAAAUAAUGUUGUACCUUUUAUUCUAAGAAUAAAUAGCGUUUAUAAGACUUAACUAGUUUUAUUUUAGGUACUUACCCUAUUCAUUUUACUAGGAGCUACUGCCUAUCUUACCCUGAUAGAAAAGUAUUUAAUGGUACGACUGCACUAUAUAGCCAAAUUAGAAACGAAUGCUCGAUGUUCAGACGCUAAACGACAAUAUUAUAAGAAAUUGGUGCAAAACAAAGGCUGUUAAAGUUUAAAGAUAAAGCGAGAUACCUACUUGUAAUUUCCUAAGACUAAACUAAAUAUGUAAUAAUUAUUUUAAUAACUAUGUUGAUUGUUAUAAUAAAUUGUUGAUACUUUAUUGAAUUAUUAAUGUACACACUAUACAUAUAUACAAACUUAAACUACCUACUUAUCUUUAUACAAAACUAAAAAUAAAAUACUAUAUACAAAAUGUAUAUAAACAUAAAACAUAAUAUAAAAGAGCAUCGAUCAGGCGUCGAAGUAUUCCUCCGCAUCACUGUCCUCCGGAAACGUGCCCAGAAGACUGGCUGCAUUGCCACGUUGAAUGGCAAUGCUAAUUCUUUGUCCAAAGAAUAAGCCAGCCCUCUGGUCACGCGAAGCGUCGACAAGCCUUUUCGCGAUGUCCUUGUAAAGUAACCGCGAACUCGGGCCCCACGGUCCGAGCGUUUCGACCCCAAACGGCUCAAAACUAUAAUUUCCAAUAAGGUUAUUAUAUUUGCGCCGCUUGGUGGUCUCUGCAGAAGCUGCAGCCGCCCCAGCACAGACUGCCGUGCUAGGAAGAUGUGAUGGCGCCAGGGUGUCGACGCAUGUUGCGUCCCACACCAAGGGCCUACCCAUCUUCCAUGGCAACAACGUCAUACCAUCUGGCCUCUUUCCAUCGUCACGUACCAGUCCAUUAGGCUCUAAAACGGCUGGUACGCCGGCGGUGGAAAGAGCACGACGGAUAAUGUCGUUAAUGCUGGCAUGCCGUGCAAUACGACCAGCACUUCUGCAGCACGACAGACCAUAGUGCCCGAGGCUGUCGACGGCUUCACCGCAAUGGCAGCGAUGCGGAGCAACACAGGGAGCGCCUAAUCGCAGGCAUGUAGCUAUACGGAAGGUGUUGUCAUCCAGCAUAGUGCCUAUGCUGGUUGACGGAAUAACCUGCAACCAUAGUCCAGAUUCCCAUACUCCCACAGCCAGCAGGCGAGCACGCUCGGCAGCACCAUUAC